GAGUGGAUGUCUGCAGCUGAAGUUCUGUGGGUGGAUGUCUGGAGCGUUUGGGUGGAUGUCUGCAGCCAGACUCUCUUGGAACCAGUCUAAAAAUCGGACACGUUAACGGAGCACUGAAGUAGGCCCUCUCGGAUGCCAGGUCGAAACAACAUUUGUUUCACUACGAUUCCAUUCAGCUGCACACCCCUCCUUCUCCAGCAACAAAUAAUUAGAGAGAACGGCUAAUAAAACGCUUGAGGUGGUGUUUUGAAAAGAAAAAACAUAAUUUUUUUUAGGACAUGGCAUGAAUUAUGAGCCUUUGAUUGACAUCCAGACAUUUUUUUGCGGAGACACAUUCCUGUUCCCCACUUGUAUUGGAGUGAACGGAGAUAUCUACUUCUGGGUCCUUUGAAUCGAGGGACCCGUCCACAGCCCGCUUAAACAGCUGCAAUACCAGGCUUGGCCGCUGAGGACUGGUGGAUUGCGGAAGUAUGCACUGUUCCCGGGGGGUUCGGUGGCAUCUCCCCGCUGAGGACGACAUGCGGGGAAAAUUCCAACACGGCACGUCUGAGCUUCAUUUUUUCAAAGGCGGAGCAGAAUGCCUAGUGCUCGUUUUACACCAAACGAAAUGUCUAGCUACUGGGGGAGCAUACGUAGGCUAGGGGAACUCAUUUUAAUGUUAGAAAACCUCAGAAAGUGAGGUUUAACAGAGAACAGUAUCAUCAGUAUUAACAGGCUCAACAAAGAACACGAAGAGUACUAACGGAGAACAGUAUCAACAGUAUUAACAGAGAACAGUAUCAACAGUGACUGUUUAUAGAGAACAGUAUCAACAGUAUUAACAGAGAACAGUAUCAACAGUAUUAACAGAGGACAGUAUCAACAGUGACUGUUUAUAGAGAACAGUAUCAACAAUAUUAACAGGACAGUAUCAACAGAGAACCGCAUAAACAGCUCGCAUCAACAUUUUGAUAACAAAAUGAAUAGUAUCCACAGUAUUACCAGUGAACAGUAUGAACAGCUUUUACAAUCUUUACAUUAGUAAAAGUAUUAAAAGAGACCAGUAUCAAUAGUAUUAAUAGAGAAAAAUAUUUGCUGCAUUAGCAGUGUUAAUAUUAUUAACAGUAUUAACAGACCAGUGUUAACAGAGUAAAAGUAUUUACUAAUUAACAGCUAUACAGUGCAGUGUUAAUAUUUGGUGAUCAUGGUUUUGUUUAACUUUAUUCUCUAACUUUAUCUUCUUUCUGUAUGUUGGCUCAUCCCUUUUGACAUAAAGGUUUAUCUGUGCUCAUGCAAAUGUUAUCAAGUUCCUCAUUCCCUCACCUCAUCCAGGUGCGGGCAAACAUAUUAAAUAAAGUUGGUGCUCUUCAGGAACUUCAAAUCAAGUCCUUCACCUCUAUCACUUUUGGAGGAGAACAUGACUGGAUCCUGGAAACUAUUCCUGCUCUGUUGUCUCCUGCAAGGUGAUGGAUGCAGCUCUGCAGCAUUUGAGGCCAUAGUGCCAGAUAGUGUGACGACACUCAAUGGAUCCUGUGUUACCGUUCCUUGUUCCUUCACCGUGGAGGACAAGUAUGAAGCCAAUCUACAUCCUGGAUGUACACCAACAUGGAAGAAAGAUCAAAUAACUCUCAGUACUACAACAUUCAGGGGAAAUCUAACAGCGUACAACUGUACUGCAACAUUAAAUAACGUUCUUGAAGACAAUGUUGAAAAUUAUUUUAGAAUUGACUGUGGAAAUCCAUUAAAAUAUGAUUUUUCAAAAUACUCAGUGAUGAUCCAGAUCAAGGGGGACCCUGAUGCACCUCGUUUGACCACCCCCAAGGAGCCGGUGGUGGAGGGGACUCCUGUGGAGCUGGGGUGCUCUGCCCCGUCCUACUGUGACACCCACCCGCCCACUGUGACGUGGACCCCCGCCCUGGGGCUCAGCACCCAGCUCCAGCAGGACGAUACCGUGACCUCCACUCUGACCUUCAACGCCUCCCACCUCCACCAUGGAAACAAUGUCUCCUGCACUGCGGCCUACUACAUACCAUCUGGGAACAAAACUGAGACGUCUACAAGAUACCAACUCAGUAUCUUAUAUGCCCCCAGGAACACCUCUGCUGUCGGCAGCCCGUGUCUUCCAGCCGGAGAGGGAGGCUGCCUGAACCUGACCUGCACCAGUCAUGCUAACCCUGCUGUCAGCGCGGUCACCUGGUACCGAAUACACGGAGAACACAUCCUUAAGAUCGGGAGUGGAUCUUAUCUGUCCGUCCAGCUGUGGAACGCCAAUUAUGUUUUCUUCUGUGAGGCCAGGAAUGAAAUUGGCACAGAAAAGUCUGAUGUCUUCAAGAUCGACAUUCAAGAUGCCCCCAGGAACCCCUCUGCUGUCGGCAGCCCGUGUCUUCCAGCCAGAAAGGGAGGCUGCCUGAACCUGACCUGCACCAGUCAUGCUAACCCUGAUGUCAGCGAGGUCACCUGGUACCGAAUACACGGAGAACACAUCCAUAAGAUCGGGAAUGGAUCUUCUCUGUCCAUCCAGCUGUGGAACGCCAAUAACGUUUUCUUCUGUGAGGUCCGGAAUCACUUUGGCACAGAAAAGUCUAAUGUCUACAAGAUCGACAUUCAAACUCCUCCCAGGAUCCUGCCCUCUUCAGGCUGCAGCAGAAUUGCAGCCUGGGUGCGAUGUUCCUGCGACAGCGUGGGCAGACCAUCACCGUCUCUGGAGUGGUGGUUGGAUGGGAAACUGGUGUUGGGUUCUGAAGACGUGUCUGUUAGCCAGGUCAACCUGGAGAACGCCACGUUGAGGAGCUCCCUCACAAUGAGGGCCCCUGGUCUGACAGCCUUGACCUGCCACAGCUCCAACGCUGCCGGGAACACCAACCAGGAGCUUCCUGUCCCCCACCUGGAGUCACAGUCAAACCUGACAGACUCAGACAAACUGCCCUGGAUAGCUGCUAUAGCGGUGCUAGCCGCGGGUCUGCUGUUUGCAACAGCGUGUGCCGUAAGAGCUUGGAAGAUGGACAACCGAACAAGACUCGGCAAGGAUGCUCUACUCAACAAAUCUCCACCCAACCAAGGGAAGCCCCAGGUGUUCUUCAAAAGUGAAGAUGACAUCUAUGCUAACAUUGAUAAACUGAAGAACACGGUCGGACCGAGAGAGGAGCCUGUUGGAGCAGGAGAAGAGGCUGUUGGACUGGGAGAAGAGGCUGCUGGACUGGGAGAAGGGGCUGCUGGACUGGGAGAAGGGGCUGCUGGACUGGGAGUAGGGGCUGUUGGAUUGGGAGAAGGGGCUGUUGGACCGAGGGAGGAGGCUGUAACAGCAGCAGGUUCCUCAGCCUUGACCCAACGGGAUUCAGAGGAAGCAGCAGACCCAGCAGCAGACAGAGCUUGGAAAAUGGACAACCAAACAGGACUCGGCAGCGACGCUCUCAUCAACAAAGCUCCACCCAACGUAGAGUACUCCCAGCUGUUCUUCAAAAGUGGAGCGGACACCUAUGCCACCAUUGAUAAACUGAAGAACACGGUCGGACCGAGAGAGAAGCCUGUUGGACUGGGAGAAGGGGCUGUUGGACUGGGAGAAGGUGCUGCUGGACCGAGGGAGGAGGCUGUAACAGCAGCAGGUUCCUCAGCCUUGACCCAACGGGAUUCAGAGGAAGCAGCAGACCCAGCAGCAGACAGGCAGGUGGAGGACUGUGAUGUCCUGUACACGACAGUGAACUGGAAGAAGAAGUCCUAGAAAAAAGAGGUCUGAGCUCCUGGGGCAGAGACCCUCUGGGGCCCAGGGCCCCUGAGGCCCCUACACUUCCUCUGGGGGGGAUGAGGGAUGAGCUAAGGGCUAGAGGGAUGAGCUAAGGGCCGGAGGGAUGAGCUAAGGGCUACAUUGAUGAGUAAAGGGUAGAGGGAUGAGUUAAGGGCUACAUUUAUGGGUAAAGGCUAGCGGGAGGAGUUAAGGGCUACAUUGAUGGGUAAAGGCUAGCCUAGAGGGAUGAGCUAAGGGCUACAUUGAUGGGUAAAGGCUACAGGGAUAAGUUAAGGGCUGCAGGGAUGAGUUAAGGGCUGCAGAUUCACAAAGAAUCUUAGGGUUGAAAGUUGCUCACAAGUGGCGAAUUUAGGAGAAACCCCUAAAAAUAAUGGGCGUGUCAGUCUUGUCAGUCUUUGGCUCCUAAUUGAUUUUACUUGGAGCAAUUCACAAAGUAUUUUAGGCCUAAAAGUAGCACCUAAGUCUAGGAGAGCUUAAAAGCCCUCGAGAGGACUCUUAACUCAGUAAGAGCUAUUCACAAAGAAUCUGAAAAUGGCUGCAUCGAGACGAAAUGUUUUGGAGGCAAUGGAGGACUGCAAAUCGAUAAAUAGAUAUAGGCGUAAGGGUAUCAAACUUGUGGUUGAAUUUGUGAAUAACACCUUGAUAUUUAGCAACAGGGAAAUUGCAACUUUGCAAUGCUGCCGAUUUAGGAAUAUCGCUGUUAAGGGAAAUGUAUAAAUAUGUCCUCAGUUGUUUUAAUAUAUAUGUAUAUAUAUAUAUUGUGAUUAUUCUUUACCCAAGUCCACAGCAUAAUUAUUGCACCACUGUGGGGAGCUGGGUAAGGAUGCAGGCUUGCGUCAUAUGUAAAUGAAGGUGCGUUCACAUCAAGCACAUGUAUAAUGAUGUAUAAUGCAGUUCUAAGAGAGCUCGGCUGAGCGUAACAUGUAUAAAUGGUAUUGAGAAAAUAAACCAUGCCAAAGAGCU